AUGCCUCGCCUACCGCCCUGCCUUUUUCGCCGCGCCCACGCCAUCUCCCCCUACGCCGCCGUCCUCCUGCCGGCAUGCCGCGAUAUACCCUCCGCGGUGACCGAGCUCCACUGGAUCAGGUCGCACGUCGCGAGCAGCGGUAGGCAGUUGCCUUCAAAGGUGCUGCUACCGGCGCACGAUGACCAAGAAGCCCGCGUCGCACGCCUCUGCGCAAAACGCGGCCGCGGCGUGCCGCUGCAGUACGUUCUCGGCUCCCAGCCCUUUGGAGCCCUCGAUAUCAAGUGCCGGCCCGGCGUGCUCGCCCCGCGCGCAGAGACGGAGGCGUACGCGCUGCACCUGGCCGAUAUGAUCUCGCUUGGCCAGCUGCCGGGUUUUGAGAGCAGAGACCUGCGAAUCGUUGACUUUUGCACGGGCACUGGGUGUAUCGCGCUCGCUCUGUAUGAGCGUCUUACACGAUGGGCCAAGAAGCUCAGCAUCACGGGCGUCGAUGUCUCGCCCAUCGCCGUCAACCUCUCGCGGGAAAACCUGCGGCACAACCUGGCUGCGAAGUCACUCAUAUCGCCAUCUCCCGAUAACGAGGUGUCCUUCCAGAAAGCAGACGUCUUUCAGGAGGCUGAUAUGCAGUCACUUCAUCAAUGUGACGUGUUGGUGUCAAACCCGCCGUACAUAUCACGCAAAGUUUGGACCUAUGGCCAAGGCCAGAUGGGCUAUUCGGUGCGAAAGUACGAGCCGAAGCUCGCGCUUGUGCCAGGGGAGACGUCACCCACGUAUGAAUGGUGUGAUCAUGCCGAUGUCUUUUACGCUAGACUGCUCGACAUUGGGAGCCAACUACGCCCGCGAGUCUUACUAUUCGAGGUGGGAGACGAGGAACAGGCUCUCAGGGUCGUGAAGCUCGUCAGACGCAACGAUUCUACGAGACAUGCUUCGUGCGAACUCUGGAGGGACUGGCCAGACUUGUCGUCCGAAGAGCAUGAAGUGAAAUCAUUUGAUGUCGAUGGGGAGAUGAUUACCGUCAAGGGCAGCGGGAAUGUUCGAUCAGUCUUGAUUCGUCCAUGA